GGUCCGACACGAGUUCAGAGACAGAGAAAGACGCUGUCAGACUGCGCUCCACCUGGGGCUCGCCUGUCGCGUGUUUCUGCGCGCCCACACUUUCUGCGGUCCAGGAGACGCCCCACCGCAAUUCAGGCUGUCAUUCUCCCCCGGCCCGGGUUCGAGCGCCAUUAGACCCAACGAGCACCAAGAUCUUCACGAAGAGCCCUUCGGAGUCCCGCCGGCUGGAUUCCAGGACCCGCUUGGAUGCUUCGCCUCCGAGCGCCCUUGGAAGAUGGGCCGGCAGCUACGCGCGUAAAGACACUGAGGGGUCACCAGUCUCCAAGGCAGACCCGGAGGGCUCGGCCCGGGCUUCCGCUGCGGAGGAGAUGGCUUCCAGUCCGCUGCCGGGGCCCAAUGACAUCCUGCUGGCAUCGCCGUCGAGCGCCUUCCAGCCCGACGCGCUGAGCCAGCCGCGGCCGGGCCACGCCAACCUCAAACCCAACCAGGUGGGCCAGGUGAUCCUCUAUGGCAUUCCCAUCGUAUCCUUGGUGAUCGACGGGCAGGAGCGCCUGUGCCUGGCGCAGAUCUCCAACACGCUCCUCAAGAACUUCAGCUACAACGAGAUCCACAACCGCCGCGUGGCGCUGGGCAUCACGUGCGUGCAGUGCACACCGGUGCAGCUGGAGAUCCUGCGGCGUGCCGGGGCCAUGCCCAUCUCGUCCCGCCGCUGCGGCAUGAUCACUAAACGUGAGGCCGAGCGCUUGUGCAAGUCGUUCCUGGGCGAGAACAGGCCGCCCAAGCUGCCGGACAACUUCGCCUUCGACGUGUCGCACGAGUGCGCCUGGGGCUGCCGCGGCAGCUUCAUCCCCGCGCGCUACAACAGCUCCCGCGCCAAGUGCAUCAAAUGCAGCUACUGUAAUAUGUACUUCUCGCCCAACAAGUUCAUCUUCCACUCCCACCGUACGCCUGACGCCAAGUACACACAGCCGGAUGCAGCCAACUUCAACUCGUGGCGCCGUCAUCUGAAGCUCACUGACAAGAGCCCCCAAGACGAGCUCGUCUUCGCUUGGGAGGACGUCAAGGCCAUGUUCAACGGCGGCAGCCGCAAGCGCGCGCUGCCCCAGCCAGGCGCUCACCCCGCCUGCCACCCGCUCAGCUCCGUCAAGGCAGCCGCUGUGGCAGCGGCAGCGGCGGUGGCUGGAGGCGGGGGACUGCUGGGCCCGCACCUGCUGGGGGCGCCCCCGCCGCCCCCGCCACCACCGCCCCUGGCCGAGCUGGCGGGUGCGCCGCACACCCAUCACAAGCGGCCGCGCUUCGACGACGACGACGACUCGCUGCAGGAGGCGGCAGUCGUGGCCGCCGCCAGUCUUUCGGCCGCCGCAGCCGCCAGCCUCUCGGUGGCCGCCGCUUCGGGCGGCGCCGGGGCGGGAGGGGGCGGUGCCGGGGGUGGCUGCGUAACCGGCGUGGGCGCCGGCGCGGGUUCGGGCGCGGCAGCCUGCGCUAAAGGCCCACGCAGCUACCCCGUCAUCCCCGUGCCCAGCAAGGGCUCGUUCGGGGGUGUGCUACAGAAGUUCCCGGGCUGCGGGGGCCUCUUCCCGCACCCUUAUACCUUCCCGGCCGCAGCCGCAGCUUUCGGCUUGUGUCACAAGAAGGAGGACGCGGGGGCCGCAGCCGAGGCCCUGGGGGGCGCAGGGGGCGCGGGCCCGGCGCCCAAGGCCGGCCUGUCGGGUCUCUUCUGGCCAGCGGGCCGCAAGGACGCCUUCUACCCGCCAUUCUGCAUGUUCUGGCCUCCGCGGACCCCAGGCGGGCUUCCCGUGCCCACCUACCUACAGCCCCCGCCGCAGCCGCCCUCUGCGCUCGGCUGCGCGCUUGGAGAAAGCCCGGCCCUGCUGCGCCAGGCGUUCCUGGACUUGGCCGAGCCCGGCAGCACGGGUGGGAGCGGUGAUGCUGCGCCCCCGCCAGGUCAACCCCCUCCCGUCGUGGCCAACGGCCCCGGCUCCGGCCCUCCGCCUGCUACCGGGGCUGCGGGCGCUCGCGAAGCCCUCUUCGAGUCGCCCCCGGGUGGCAGCGGUGGGGACUGCAGUGCGGGCUCCACGCCGCCGGCCGACCCCGGCGGCGUGUCGGGGGCCGGGACCGCGGCUCCCGGAGCGGGCUCUGCGGGCGCCCGAGUGCCCGCGCCCCACCACCCGCACCUCCUGGAGGGGCGCAAGGCAAGCGGAGGCAGCUACCACCAUUCGAGCGCCUUCCGGCCGGUGGGCGGCAAGGACGACGCAGAAAGCCUGGCCAAGCUGCACGGGGCAUCAGCAGGCGCGCCGCAUGCGGCCCAGGCUCAUCACCACCAUCACCAUCACCACCCGCACCACCACCACCACCACCACACCCCGCAGCCGCCUUCACCGCUGCUGCUGCUGCCCCCGCAGCCUGACGAGCCGGGUGCUGAGCGCCACCACCCGACCAGCUGCAGCUACCCCAGCGAGGACAGCUCCGAGGACGAGGACGACGAGGAAGAAGAGCAGGAGGUGGACGUGGAGGGCCACAAACCCCCCGAAGGCGAGGAGGAGGAGGAAGGUCGAGAACCCGACGAUGACGAGGAAGACGAGGAGACGGGGGUCCUGUUAGGGGACCCCUUAGUUGGGGGCGGCCGGUUCCUCCAAGGCCGAGGGCUGUCGGAGAAGGGGAGCAGCCGGGACCGCGCGCCGGCCGCCGCGGGUGCUUUCCCACUCGCCCUGAACUCCUCCAGGCUGCUGCCAGAGGACGGGAAGCUGGGUGACCCCGGAGGCUCGGACCUGCCCCCGCCCCCGCCCCCGUCCCUGGCCUCCCAGAAAGCAAGCGGCGGCGGUAGCAGCAGCCCGGGCAGCCCGGUCCACCAUCCGUCACCGGAGGAGCAGCCCUCCUACAAAGAUAAUCAGAAAACUAAGGAAAAUAACCAAGUCAUUUUAUCUACAAAGAACGACAACAACUUUUCAGAUAAGAACAAGGAGCAUAGCUUUUUCAUCACAGACUCUGAUGCUUCCGGAGGAGAUUUUUGGAGAGAAAGAUCAGGUGAACACACCCAAGAAACAAAUUCACCUCAUUCACUCAAAAAGGAUGUAGAAAAUAUGGGGAAAGAAGAACUUCAGAAGGUUUUAUUUGAACAAAUAGAUUUACGGAGACGACUAGAACAAGAAUUCCAAGUGUUAAAAGGAAAUACAUCUUUCCCAGUAUUCAAUAAUUUUCAGGAUCAGAUGAAAAGGGAACUAGCCUACCGAGAAGAAAUGGUGCAACAAUUACAAAUUAUCCCCUAUGCAGCAAGCUUGAUCAGGAAAGAAAAGCUUGGUGCCCAUCUCAGCAAAAGCUAAAAGGUGCACAGAACGCUUACUCUUGUUCUCUUGUAAGAUACAGCCUGCCACUGAGCACUUCUGACCCACAUA